AUGAAGGAUAUCGCAAAGUUCAAGCUCUCCUCUCGAGUCUCAACACAACCAAAGUUUGUGACUCCGGACAAAUCACCAUCCAAAAUGCAACUCUCAGAAGAAUCCAAGGAGCGCAUUAGCAAGGUCAUUGACCUCUCUCGUGUAGCUAUCCACUAUGGCUAUCUUCCUCUGAUUCUCUACCUUGGAUACACUCGCAGCGAGCCCCGACCAUCUUUGAUAAGGUCAGCCUCUGCGCUGUGA